AUUUUGAUCCGUUCCUCCAUGUUACCCCAGAACCACGUGUUUUACCCUACAGCAUUAUCACUGGGGGAUUUUAAAUGUGAUGUAUUUUCGGAGUUUUCAGCUCUCAGUGGGAUAACUUUCAGAAGUUGUGACUGACUGAUAUUCUUUUGCUUCACUGAAUAUAAAAGGGUUACAGAUGCAGCCAAACCUCCCAGAGGAUAGUUUGAAGACUCUGCAGCAUCAGAGGUCCUGAGGUCUUCAUCCAGCUCUGCUCGCGCCCGGAAGUGAGGCUGCAGGCUUUUAUUUCUUUGAUUUAUUUCCGGCUUUUAUUACAAACGGUUAGAGAGCACAAAGGGAAAGCUUCUCUCCUUCCAAACGAAGCCUUUGUGCCAUUGCUAAAAUAUUAAGGACCACGCGUUUCUCCUUUCCCUGGGUUCUCUUACGGCAAUUCAACCCGGAAGCGGGGGUUACCAUGGUAACGGAGAGACGCCGAACAGCGCAGCUCCCAGUCCAUCAUCUUCCUGACCUGCACCAUGAUUCCAGGGCUUCAAAAAGCCUUUAAAGUGCGUGUAGAGAUCAAGUUCAGAGCGGAAGGAGAGUGGACAGAAAUACCUGCUUGAUUGUGUGCAGGUCUCGUGCCCUGGAGUGAAGCUUCCCGCUAAAGAAGACAUGUAUCUGAGCGUGUUCGUCACGGGUCAGUACCACCAGUCCCAGUGCCUCCCUGCUGUGUUUCCACUGCUGUUCCAGGAGAAAAUGACCUUUGAAAAGAUUUUCAGGUACGCAUUUGAUCCUGGAGACGUGGCUGUGAUGCUGGAACAUGAAACCAUCAGAAUAGAACUGAUCCAGCUGAUCCCUCCAGGCAUCAGAAGAGUGGACCGCAUCAGUGGGGUGACUGAGAGCAGAGGUGGGGGUAGGUGGAGGACUUCAGGGUCAGAACACGAGAGAGGUGACAGCAGGUUGGAGCGGGUGGAGUGGUUCGGGUGGAGUGGUUCCUUUUGCCAAGCCUUUUGUGUUGUUUGUGAGGCGGGACACCUUCUGGCCAGCUUCGAAGAAAACACAAGAAACUUCCUAUUCCCAGAACCCAAACUGGUUCGCCCCUUUUCUGGAGUGGACCGAGAGGCUCUGAUGAUGCGAGCUCCUUAUUUCCCAGGCAUCGCUCCACGGCUGGAGUUUUCUACCAGAACCAGCAUCAGCCAGUGCCUACCCGACUCAGAAAUCUGCAUUUACCCCAAUGUGGUCAUGAGGCCAGCGACACACAGAAAACGGUCUCACUCCAGGAGGCAAAGGAUCUCCUCACCUGAAAGGAAACACCCUCCCACUCACAGAGGAAGGCGAGCCGGCAGCGCCGACCCACAGAGACUCGGUGCUGCCAGGCCCCAGUCCCUGUCCCCCCUGAGACGUGGAACCAGCUCCCAACGCUUCAGCAGGGACCUGGCAGCUUCCUGCUCAUCUGACUGGAAAACCAGCACCUCUCAGCCUGUAGGACAAAUCCCACAAGAGGAUUGUGGCUCUUCACAGCUGUUCCAGUCUCCAGACUCUGACUACAAUCCUGACCCUUCAGCACUGUUUAGGCCCAACAGAACAACCAGCGAAUCUCACAGAGUCUGGGAGGAGGUUCAUGAGCGUGUUCGGGGGCUUCUCACCACACCUAAAGCUGUGCGCCGGCUCAUCUAUGGAGCUUCUGUCUCUGAGGUUGACGAGGUUUUAGCCAGGAGAUCCUUUUCUCCAGAUCUACAGUGACAUCCUCCGUCAGCUUUGCACAAAUGGCGUUCUCCUGUGUGAGUCUGGACUUGGACUGAUGCUCUGGUUUAAGAUGUGUACCAUGUGACAGUAACGUUCAACACAUUAAUGUUACCUGUGCACUAAAUCCUCGUGUGGCCCGUUUCUGCUCAAACUGGCUGGAAAUGAAAAGGAAAAAACGUA